UUCCCGUGGUCUUUCGAGUCACUUCCAUAGAGCUCAGACCAUAUAAGAUGUCUCUUACCACGAUACAGCAGACAGAAUCUAAACUGGAGGCGGGAAGAGCAACUCAGCAAAGAAAACUGUUGAACUCAGAAAUUCACUGCAACUGAAGAAGAAAAAGAAGAAAACUGCAGCUGGCUUACCUUCUGAUACAACAGCCACACUGCAACUACAGUCUACAGAGUCAAGAUCAUCAUGAAUACUGCAAUGACUGUUAUUGUUCUUCUGGUCUGCUCAGACGUCAUCUACAUGAUACAAGGGAGAACUAUACAAGAUCCUCGGUGCCGGUGUCCUACAGUACAUACAGGGGGGGUGAAUAUCAGUUUAAUCAGGAAACGGACCUAUUACCCUCCUCGCUCACACUGCUCUAAGGAAGAACUCAUUGUCACACUGAAAUCCGGAGGUUUGCUCUGUCUCGACCCAAAUGGGAGCUUUGCCAAAAAACUGAUUAAAAGACAGACCAAAGUAAAUCAACAGCGUCAGAAUCAACGUUCCACUGAGACUCUCUCCCCACAUACCACCACUAGCACUUGAUCACUCUUUGUCUGGCACUGGAGGCUGUGCCAACCUGCAACCCCUCUACUGGCUUGCCUCUGAAGCGGGGUUGGCCCAGGUCGAGCCAAGAAUGGGAGACCGUAACCAGAACGACUGGUGUUGGAGCACCAGUAGUGGGCACUGUUUCCUCUGGUCCAAAGAGACAUAAAUCCUUUCCUGCAUUGAAAUUACCCACUGGCCUAAUGGGUGGAAUGUAAUUCAUAUGUUUCAUAAUUUCAUAAUUAAUUAAUGUACAUAUGUUUUUGUUGUUGCCGAAAAUCCGGUGUUUCUAUGUGAAACAGUUUUGUUAUAUUUCAGUCUUCUGUGGUGUAUAUUGUUAGGUUCUAAAUGAACCUAGUAAAACUCUCUUGACGGUUAGUAAAGCUUAAACCAAGUUUAUUCGCCCAUUGGGUCAAUACAGCUGCUUCAGACAAAAUACAUAUUCACACAAGCACUGAUAUUUAACCCUUUCUCCUAUGCUGAGUCUCCUCCUACACAUCUGAAUAGCCAAUACAUCUCUGUUGCUAGACAGAACCUUUGUGAUACCUGUUCUUCCUCACUUCAUCUGACCUGACCUCUAACCCAAAGUGCUCACUCCUCUUAUCAGUGCUGCCACAUGUGAUCGUUUUCCCUGCACUCAGCACAUUCCAAGCUUAAUUGCACCCACCGUAUGCCUUCCUCCUACAGAUAACCAUGAACUUCUGAUGUAGACCCUCUCCAGACCAUAUCACUCAAUAUUUUAAUAGGAUACCUGAUAAUUAACCCUAUUUCAACUUUUAGGAGUCAGAACCCAGAAUCCAUCAAUAUAAAGUAAAAUAUUUGCGUGCAAACUCAAAAUGAUAUACAUUUCAACUAUUUCUGACAUGAUACAGGUGUCUUCUUUUUUAAGCCCAUAACCAUGUGUGUGAAGUAUAUACUUUUGUUUCAAAUGUGGAUUUGUUUAAGACUACCAAGAAACAAUCUGUAUGACCCUGAUAUAUCCCCACUGAAGUAAAAGGUUUAAAUCAAUGCGUCAGGACAGUGAUGGGGACACUGCCCUACGAAGAGUGCCAUCCUUUUAUAUAUCUUUAUGAAUGUUUAUAUAUACAGUAUAGGAAUAAUAUAAUAGUAUUGUUGAUAUAAAACCUGUCUUUGAGGUAUUUAUUUUCAAAGGAAUUUCAUAAGUUUCUUGUCUGUAUACAAAAGGUGUUUUAAAAAUCAAUAAAACAAACAAUAAUAGGACAUAGAUUAGUUAGUUGAUCAAAUAAUGGAUGUACACAUAUCACACCUUGAUCACUGCACAAUGAUUGUAUUCUUGGACAAAUGUACUCUAUUUAAUACAACUUUUAACGAAACAGUAUACCUGUUCUGCCAAGUCUGUCUCCGUGCCAAACCAGACCAUAGCAUCAGCUCUCAUACCCUAUAUGCCGUGCUCUACUGUACCAGACUGUAACAUAUCAUAUAUACACUGAGUGUACAAAACAUCAGGAAUUCCUGCUCUUUCCAUGACAUAGACUGACCAGGUAAAUCCAGGUGAAAGCUAUGAUCCCUUAUUGAUGUCACCUGUAAAAAUCCACUUCAUUCAGUGUAGAUGAAGGGGAGGAGACAGACUAAUGGAGGAUUUUUAAGCUUUUUCGACAAUUGAGACAUGGAUAAUGUAUGUGUGCCAUUCAGAGGGUAAACGGGCAAGACAAAAUAUUUAAGUGCCUUUGAACAGGGGGGUAUGGUAGUAGGUGCCAGGAUCACUGGUUUGUGUCAAGAACUGCAAUGCUGCUCGGUUUUAAAUGGGCUAGCAUCCCUGUGAAACGCUUUCGACACCUUGUAGUCCAUGCCCCAACAAAUUGAGGCUGUUCUGAGGGCCAACUCAAUAUUAUGAAUGUGUUCCUAAUGUUUUUUACACUCUGUGUAUAUGUCUUGCUUGGAAAAACCAACAACCAUAAGUCCACAACACACGUCCAUCACCACCCACAGUUCAACAACGAGGCCACCCCUGAGCUAUACAGACAAAUAAACACAACCUGACUCAGUUACAGUACAUUAACCAUCCUGACAACUGAACCUCAUUUUCAAGCUUCCGGAAGUGUGAUCUAAGUUGGAGAAAAAAUACACUAGUACACCAGAGUACAUAUAAUAUCUGCAUAAGUGCAAUGCAAUUACUAGGUGUUACACAGGAUUUUGCUAGUUAAAAGGAAGUGUAUCUUGAUGGGUACUUACUUGUUAUUAUAGUGUAACGAUAGCAGGUGGUGGAAAAAGUACCCAAUUGUCAUACUUGAGUAAAAGUAAUGAUACCUUAGUAGAAAAUGACUGAAGUAAAACUGAAUGUCACCCAGUAAAACACUCCUUGAAUAAAAGUUCAAAUGUA